AUGCACCUGCUGCUGAAAAGCUAUCUGUCAAAAGAAGUCCUGAAGAGAACUCUGUUGUCUUCCUUCCACAGUGAUGAAUCAUGGAAAAAGGCCGCAGCACGCCACCCCCGAGCAUGGCCACGCCAUCUCCGCCCCGGGCCAGCGGCUGCUUCCGCCGCCUCUUCCUUCUGCACGUGGCAUUUGGGGCCACAUGCAAUAGGCCCCGAGACCAUGUCCAGGGAUGGGACAAAUGCAGAUGUGGCCAUGGAAGGAGGGCCUAGUCCUUGUAAGCAUGUGAAGGUGGAGGCAGUUGUUCCUGCUUCACCUUUGAACUUUGACAGCCCUGAUGCUCUCUUUGAGAGCUUGAUAUUUCCCAUCAAGAUAGAGACUUUUUUCAAGGAAUACUGGGAGCAGAAGCCCCUUCUAAUUCAGAGAGAUGACCCUUUACUGGCUGCUUACUUUCAGUCCCUUUUCCAGUUAACAGAUUUGAAGAAUCUAUGCAGACUGGGGAUGUACUAUGGAAGAGAUAUAAAUGUGUGCCGAUGUGUGAAUGGCUGGAAGAAGGUGUUAAAUAGGGGUAGCAAAGUACACUACCUCCAACUGAGAAAAGAUUUUGAUCAGAGAAGGGCAACUAUCCAGUUCCACCAGCCUCAGAGAUUUAAGGAUGAGCUGUGGAAAAUCCAGGAGAAGGUAGAAUGUUUUUUUGGAUCUCUGAUUGGAUCUAAUGUUUACUUAACUCCCUCAGAGUCCCAGGGCUCGCCUCCUCAUUAUGAUGAUAUUGAGGUGUUCAUCUUGCAACUGGAAGGAAAGAAAUGCUGGCGCCUGUACCAACCCACUGUGCCCCUUGCUCAUGAGUACAAUGUGGAGGCAGAAGACAGGAUUGGGGCACCAACACAUGAGUUCACAUUAAAGCCAGGGGAUUUGCUAUAUUUCGCCCGAGGGACCAUCCAUCAAGCUGACACUCCUCCUGGACUAGCCCAUUCUACUCAUGUGACCAUCAGCACCUACCAGAACAAUUCAUGGGGAGAUUUUCUUCUGGAUGUGAUUCCUGGGCUUCUCUUUGAUACUGCAAAGAAAGAAGUAAAAUUUCGGACUAGCAUACCACGGCAACUACUUAUGCAGGUGGAUGACAUAACUAUUGCAACAAAGAGAUUAAGUGGCUUUCUGAGGACUCUUGCAGACCAGUUGGAGGGUACCAGAGACCUGAGAUCAUCUGAAAUGAAGAAGGAUUUCAUUAGGAGCAGAUUGCCACCAUACUAUUUGGGUGAUGGUUCCAAUCUCUCCACCCCAGGUGGAAAGUUCCCAAGAUUAAAUGGCCAAGUAAGACUGCAAUUUAAAGACCACAUUGUUAUGACAGUGGAGGCAGACAAGGAUGUUUAUGAUGAGACUCAAGAACAAAUGGUUUACAUCUAUCAUUCUUUGAGGAAUAAGCGGGAGACACACAUGAUGUUUGGAAAUGACAAAGAAACAGCAGAGGCUCUUGGACUUCACUUCCCUUUAUCUCAUAAGUAUGCCCUGAAACAACUUUGGAGUUCUGAAAUUAUUUCUGUUAAGGAACUGAAACGUAAUACAGAUGAAGAGAAAGAAAACUUGGUGUUAGCACUCUGGACUGAAUGCCUAGUGGAAGUAAUCUAG